AUGUCUCGAGUUAGUAGACAGCUGAAGUUUUUCAAUAAAAUAAGUUCGACCACUCUAGAGCCUCAAGUUGUUCUAAAUGGUCAAAAAUACUCGGGACUCAACCUGACCUUCCAAUACCAAAACCACAAUGGCCACAUGGGUGCUCGCAAGUUCUGGCGUGAGUACCUCCCUACCUUGCAGUUUUACAACCCCCAACUGCAGUUUCAAGUUACCAGAGUGAGGAACGACAACAAAAACGAUGCCAGCGUGCCAUGUACUCUCGAGAUCAUCGGCCAAGAAGGAGUUGCGGUCGAUCAGCUGGACAUGCGCAACAAACAAGGCUCACAGAUUAUGAAGGAACUACUCGCUAAAAUUGAACACACGCGCGUGGCCGAGCCGGACAUUGUGAGACUAUGA